AUGAAUGGAAGCGAUAAUAAAGCGCCUAUCGAGCGCAGGGCUUCGAUGAGGACAUCGAUGAGGCUCUCCGUCGCCCCGGGCGAGGACGAUGAUUAUAAUUUGGCAAUGAUGGGAAUCUCAGAUGGAUUUCGACCGGCAGACGUUACACAACACCAGCUACCGAGUCCGCCGAUCCCAUCGCAGCAAACACCCGCGACGCAGGUACAGCCCCCAAGACCUUCGAGCAUCGCGAAACCGCCCCAGCCUCGCGAAUCCUUCUCGUUGCGGCACGAUGGUGGUAUGGGUCCGUUGGCCGAUCCCGUCGCGGCCGAUUCAUCAAGCAACGCCGGACCAUCGUCGCUUGGCCGAUCAGAAAGUCCCUACCAAGGGCCUUCGGGGCCGUCUUUCCCGUAUCAAAUGUACACCCAAAAUGUGAGGCCUGCAAGAACAGUUAGCCUUGCAACGACAGCGACCGUUCCAGCAUCUGAACAGUCGUAUGAUGGACCCAACAACCCGACGCAUCCCUACCAAAUGUAUCCUCAAAAUACGGUAUCGCCAGUGGAUGCGGAGGAAAGACCGACAAAUGCAGCAAUCCCACUUGGAUUUAUCGGCACCACGGCCGAUACGUACCAAAGGAGAAUUGGAACGGAAGGGGAAGAAGCCGCAGACAUGAUUGGACCCGACGGACAUACAGAACAACUGCCACCGUACACACGGUAUCCCGACGAGGCUUAUCAAAGAAAGAUUGCAGGCAUUGGGGGCCUUUCCACAAUAGAGGGAUCGGAAGCUUCAUCGUCGACUGCGUCGGUCCCGUCGCAAACACAAAUGCAAGCUAUUCCAGGAGCAGGAGGUAUUGGCCUCGCAACGCGAAACCCGGAGUUCGCGUCGAGUGAAGAUCUACGUCUAGAUGGCGCCAACUCCCCACAAUCGCGGCAGUCCGUGAGGAGUUUCAACAGUGAUGGUGGAAGUCAUCACGAGGUGAACACAGCAGCCAUGACAGUUAUCGACGAAAAGAAGCCCCUGAAGAAGUGGCAAGUUGCUGCAAAACGAAAAGUAUGGGGCGUCGUCCCUUGUUGGGCUCUCACGCUCACUAUCCUCAUAAUUGUUAUGCUUGCCGUUGUGCUGGGCACUGUACUGGGUAUCUUCUUCAACAAACCCAAGAAGCAGGAACCUUCGAACCACGGCGGCUCUUCCGCGACCAUGACGUAUGAUGCACAACCACUUGCAACAGUUCCAGCUGGACUUGCUCCUUUACCCGAAGGUCCCUAUGCUCUACCCUUGAUGCUUACGCGAUCACCGACAACUUGUUUCAACGAUAGUACACAAGCACAGGCUUGGAAUUGCAAUCAAGUGUUUUCGCAAAUGGCGAUGGUCAUCAACAAGAGAUCUGACACGGCCAGCACGUCUCAAUACACUAUGAGCAUUACAAAUAAUGACUCUUUUACUAUACAAGGUAACCAAUACUCUUACGGCAUGCAACCUCCAUCUGUGGACGAUAUUCAGAUGUUGUUGGUCACCGAUGUCAACGAACCGUCUCGUGGACCUGCCUGGGCCUUCGAACUCGCAUACAACAAAACUGUCAUCAUUCCUGAAAGCUUGUUUCCCACCCCGACAUCAUCAACAUCGAAUGCAAAAAGGAGCCACUUCCCGCCUCCCCCUCCUGGGGGAGGAGGAGGAGGAGGAGGAGGAGGAGGGAAUGGAGGCGGCUUCGGUGGCGGAGGUGAUGGCUUCAAGCGAAAGGGCUUAGCCCAAUCUGGCGACAAACCGUGGAUCUGUCAAUGGGGUGGCACCGUUCUCGAAGUGUUCGUAUAUCCCAAUCAAAACAACAGCCAGCCGACGGUCGUCUACACUGGCUCCAGUGCCAGUUCAACGAAUUCUGAUACCGUCAAUGCUGCCUCAGCUGCGGUGACAAGUACCUCGACAAGUACCCAGACGAGCACCCAGACAAGUGAUGUCACAAGCAGCACGACGUCAACCUCGGUUUCAGGGGAAUGGGCCUUCACCGACUAUAGGAAUGGCUAUGUGACUACAAGAUAUCACAAGGAUGACAAAAGACAGGCUACUAGUACUGCAACAACUUCAACCAGCGCCACCCAGACGGUUUCUUCUGGUGUUUUCGAUACUUCGAAGCCUGCACCAAGUGAUUUCCAAUUUACGUUCUUUCCCCGAGUUGUGAAAAUGGAGGAGCGUCGCCUAGCCGGUGACCCAUCGGUUCAACCAUACUGCCGCCAGUACCAGAUUAAUGGUAAUGGUUCGCCUGCUACGCCCAUCAAGGACUCCAGCGGGAACUACAUUGAAAUCAAAAUUGUUGAGCUGGAGCCUAGCGGUGAAUCCGAACACGAGCGCAAGAACCAUCGAAAGCAGCGGCAGGUGCACAGAAGAGUGAUUGAUGAUUAUCUCAAUCACGGCCUGACGUCCCGCGACUCGGAUAGCGAUAUGAGCGAUUGCGGUUGUAUGUGGUGGACCACCUGA